AAUUUUGGAUCGAGCAAAAAAAUUUAUUAAGCCACAGUUUUGAUUUGUCAAUUCAUCAAGCAAAAGCUGAAAUGAACAAACAUCGAUAUAUUCGAUAUAUCGAAUUGUGUGACAAAACAUCAUCUAUUUACGGCGCGUCCAAUCAUCAUCAUUGUGUUUGCGUGCACGCUUGUUUCGAACACAUGAGAAUUCAAUUUUUUGACAGAACAAAAAAAGACAACAAAAAUGUUUAAAGUUGACAAUAUAAAAACCAAUGAUAAACAACAACGUAUAUCGGUACAUAGCCAUAUUAAAGGUCUUGGAUUGAAUGCCGAAGGAAAUGUUGUCCAGGAUUCAUGUGGUUUAAUUGGUCAACAACAAGCGCGAAAGGCUGCUGGCGUUGUUGUAGAUUUGAUUAAAAUGAAAAAAAUGGCCGGUCGUGCCAUCCUUUUUGUUGGACCACCGGGUACGGGUAAAACUGCAUUAGCAUUAGCCAUUUCUCAAGAACUUGGUGAUCAGAUUCCAUUUUGUCCGAUGGUAGCCGGUGAAGUUUAUUCGGCUGAAGUGAAAAAAACUGAAAUAUUGAUGGAAAAUUUUCGCCGUGCCAUUGGCUUACGAAUCAAAGAAACGAAAGAAGUUUAUGAAGGUGAAGUUUGUGAAAUCACACCAAUCGAAGUGGAUAAUCCAUUGGGUGGUUAUGGAAAACAAAUUCAUCAUCUGUUGUUAACAUUAAAAGCAACGAAAGGAACCAAACAAUUAAAACUUGAUCCAAGUAUCUAUGAAUCAUUGCAGAAACAAAAAGUUGAAAUCGGUGAUGUUAUAUACAUCGAGGUGAAUAGUGGCUCAUUGAAACGAAUCGGUCGAUCCGAUGCAUAUGCCACUGAAUUUGAUCUUGAAGCCGAUGAAUAUGUUCCCCUUCCUAAAGGCGAUGUUUUCAAACGUAAAGCCGUCGUACAGGAUAUUACUUUACAUGAUUUGGAUUACGCAAAUGCACAUCCACAAGGUGGCCACGAUGUUCUGUCGAUGAUGAGCCAAUUGAUGAAACAGAAAAAAACUGAAAUUACUGAAAAACUGCGACAUGAAAUUAAUAAAAAAGUAGACAAAUUAAUUGAAAGUGGUCAAGCAGAAUUGAUAACCGGCGUUCUAUUCAUCGACGAGGUUCAUAUGCUUGAUUUGGAAUGUUUUACUUUCCUAUCGAAAGCAUUAGAAUCGAAUAUUGCACCCAUAGUAGUGAUGGCUUCAAAUCGUGGUAAUUGCCUGAUUCGUGGUAGUGAAGAUGUUUAUGCACCACAUGGAAUACCAUUGGAUUUUCUUGAUCGUACAAUCAUCAUAAAAACAGUUCCCUAUACACGUGAAGAAAUUCUUAAGAUUCUAAGAAUUCGUGUUCGAAUCGAGUCAUUGGAUAUUGAAGAAGCAGCUCUUUUACAAUUGGCAAUGAUUGGUGCACGUACAACAUUACGUUAUGCACUACAAUUAUUAUCACCAUGUUCACAAUUAGCUAAAGUUUACUAUUCGAAUAUAACGACAAAAAUAUUGGAUGAAGUCAGUGAACUAUUUAGUGAUUGUCGUCAAUCGGCUAUUAUAUUGAAUCAAGAGAAUAGUCAUUAUCUUAAAUAAUACAAAUCAUUCAUUGAAUGAUGACCAAAUGGUUCAUUUUUUUACAUUUCAUUUCAUUUCAUGCAGUGUUUAUCAUCAUUGGGACAUGAAAUUUAUUUCCCCAUUUCAUUUUUUGCACAUUGAUGAAUCGGAUAAUGAUUAAGUUUUUUCAAAUAAAAAUCAUUCAAUAAUUCAA